AUGGCCGCUGUUCAAUUAAACUUCUCUCUCCGCACUUCCCGAAGCGUCAAGACGGUGCAUCUAGUCGGAUCCUGGGACAACUACUCUCGCCAACUACCCUUGUCCAAGGAUUCCACCAAGUCAGGAGCAUGGACUGGCAAGUUUCGCUUCCAGACCUCGGUCUUGCAACUCGGCGGGCGAUACUGGUACUACUACAUCAUGGAUGGCUACCACGUCUCCCACGAUCCCGCUGUCGAGUACACCGUUGAACCCACAACAGGCCGCAAGCUCAACGUGCUCGACGUUCCUGGCGGUGGCAGCAACCACCACCACCACCACUCCUCCAAGUCCAGCCGCUCAAGUCACGGGCGCCGCGAGUCCAUCGAAAUCCCCAAGGGCCGUGCUCUCUCGCCCUCCAAGAUCCUGCACCCAAAGCCCUCCAAGCCCUACGCCUCGCGUGGCAUUCGUGAAGAGACUUUCUUCCCAACAGUCGACGAGCUCACAGACCGGUUUUCGCACUCGCGUCUGUCCGAUGAUUAUGACUCUGUCUCUAGUAGCCCCCCAAGCUCGGCUGGAUCGUCCGUCUCAUCGCGCACAGACAGCACUUCGCCUUCCUCGCUGUCAUCUCUCAGUGACCCGGCGUCUACUACUUGCCGCUGUGAACGCUACGGAAUCACACGCAAGGGUGAGCGCGUCAAGCUUGACUGCGGUGGCAGUCGAUGCGGCUACUCGGACUCUUCAGAUGGUAGUGAUUGCUCGUCCGAGUCUGAGUCUGAUGAUGAAUACCGUGCUGCUCGUCGCGGUGCUCGUCGCCAGGGUAUUGUAGUUCGCCGAUGA